CUGCAACUCUGCAGUGACACAAACUCCCAUUCUCACGUCUCUCUAGGAUGAUUACAUCAGGACUGUGGAGGAAACCCCAGGCUCGGAUGAAACUGUGGACACCACCAAGGAUCCGUGCCAGAAGGUGAAGUGUAGCCGCCACAAGAUCUGUGUUACCCAGGGUUACCAGAGAGCAACGUGUGUCAAUGUCAACCGGAAAAAGCUGGAGCACAGCAGAGAGCCUGUAGAGCUGAUGCCUCAUGAGAACACCUGUAAGCCCUGCCCUGUGGCCGCUGCCUCCCCUGUGUGUGGUACGGAUAGACACAACUACGCCUCUCAGUGUAAGUUGGAGCAGCAGGGCUGUCUAACAGGGAAGGAGCUGAGUGUGAAAUGCCAGGGCAUGUGCCCAUGUGCCACCGCUGCCGCCCCCAUCACAGAGACCAAGGACAAACACGCAGAGAGCUGUACUGGGCAGGACCUGGCAGACCUUGGAGACCGCCUCAGAGACUGGUUCCAACUGCUCCAUGGAAACGCCAAGCAGAACAACUCAGGCAAGCCUGGACCUGGCACCGCCUCAGUCCUGGACAAGAGCCUGGUGGCCAGCUGUAAGGAUUCCAUAGGCUGGAUGUUCUCUAAACUGGAUACUAAUACGGAUCUGUAUCUGGACCAGGCCGAGCUGGCAGCUAUCAACCUGGACAAGUAUGAGGUGUGCAUCCGGCCCUUCUUCAACUCCUGUGACGGCUACAAGGACGGGAGGGUAUCCACCGCAGAGUGGUGCCUCUGCUUCUGGAGGGAAAAGCCCGCUUGUCUGGCUGAACUAGAGAGGAUCCAGGUUCAACAAGUGGCCAAGAAGAAGCCUGGCAUGUACAUCCCCAGCUGCGACGAGGACGGCUACUACAGGCAGCUGCAGUGUGACCAGAGCAUGGGAGAGUGUUGGUGUGUCGACCAGCACGGAGGAGAAAUGAUGGGCUCUAGAAUCCAUGGCAACCCUGACUGUGAUGAGCUGAUGGGAUAUUCCGGAGAUUUUGGGAGUGGCGUGGGAUGGGAGGAUGAGGAAGAGAAGGAGGCGGAGGAGAACGGAGAAGAGGCGGAGGAGGAGGAAGAGGAAGAGGGGGAGGCAGACGACGGAGGAUACAUCUGGUAGAAACUGAACCCAAACGGAGAGCCUGGUCAGGAUGGAUCCACUGGCCAACAACUACAGGGAUGAUGGCUGAUGGCAUCCCAAAUGGCACCCUAUUCCCUAUAUAAUGCACUACUUUUGACCAGGUCUCAUGGGGACACCCAUAGGGCUCUGGUCAAAAGUAGUGCACUAAAUAGGGAAUCAGGUGCCAUUUGGGACACACACAUCUUUGUCUCCUAACAGCAAAAUAUUUGUGGAUUUCGGGGCAUGGAAUUCUGUCUGUAUUGUCCCCAUGUGGAUCUGGGGAGUGGGAGGUGGGGUGGGGGGGAGGGGGGGGUACAGCGGUGAGAUUGCUAGUUUUUGUCUUAAAUAUGUGAAUUAUUGCUUCAUUCUUUUCUGUUUUGUAAGCAAGAGCGUUCUGUUUCAGCGUCUAGCGACAACAUAGAGAACGAUCAUCUGAUCAUCUGGCCAUCAACUGUUACUGUCAGAAAUGCAUCUAGUAUCAUACAUCUAUGUUCCAUUGUGAACAUCUGCUUGAAUAUUGAAAUCGCAGAUCUGCUAAAAUGGAACGGAUUGAGACCUGAGACAGUGCAAAAGGGGUUCGAUAUUUACCUGCUUUUGUUGCCAAAAUCAGAGUUGUUGCGUAUAUAUCAAUCCUGUAGCAGUGAUCUAUGAAGCAGGACAACGAGACUAGCGGGAAGAAAAAAAACUCUGGUUAUACCCCAAAUGGGAACACUGUUCCCUUUAUAGUGUACAGGUUUCUAUCAGGGCCCAUAAAGCUCUGGUCUAAAGUCGUGCACUAUACAGGGAACCAUUUGGGAUUUAAGCCUCUCUUUAGGGGGGGAUUCCACUACUGAGAGACAUUGUUUUAUUUUCUCUUAAUAGUUUCUUAACGAAGCAUAUUUCUCCUUUCGAUUUUGACGGAUGUCGUCAAAGUAAUGUUACUCAUUGGAUAAUUUGUGAAAAUCAAUGUGUUUCAUGCAUUUAUGUAGAUAAAUACAAGGACUUAGUAACAGGGUUGUUAUGAAGGAAGGGUUUUGUGCUACUUUAUUGCUGAAAGGUAUACUGAUGUACACGGCUCUCGGCGGUCUACAAACCUUUAAAAUACUAUAUAUAUCGAUUAACAUAGACACAGUAAUUACUAAUAUCUCUUAUGAAACUGCUAUGGGACCUUUGUAACCUAUUGUAUUAUUUCAACUCAGAACUUGUAGAAUGCAUAUUACUUGUCCCAUCAACGUACACCACCAACGUAACAUACCAAAUGGCACCCUAUUCCCUAUAUAGUGCACUACUUUCUACCAGGGUUCAUACAGACUCUCUGGUCAAAAGUAGUGUACUAUAUAGGGACUAGUCUUCCAUUUGGGGACGCAGACACUACCUUAUCCUAUGGGGAACUCUGUAAAUCACUUCAAAGAAUGUGUCAGUCAAUGUUCUAUUCUCAGUCUUUAUUUUGGUGUUUAUAAAACAACGUGGAUGCUACUUGAAGUUCUGUGUGUAUACUUGAAUUCUCACCGUUACAUUGUUUUCUAUGAGUAUAUUGCUGCCAUUAUUAUUCCAUCACUUUAGUUGUUUUUAGUAUAUUGCACGUUAUAGUGAACAUGAAUGUACUUCUCCUAGGCUGAGCACUUUACUAUUAAAGACAUUGGGCCCAAAACA